UAUUAACGAGUUAAAUUUCGUUAAAAUACAUCGUGGAAUCGGAGCUUAUGUGCGUCCUCAGCCUUUUUUCACUAGCGCCACGAGCGAAAGAAUUGUAAAGCUCCGCAAUAAUAUCAUUCAAGCUAUCGAAUCACUUCCUUGCACUGUGAUUAGAGGUUAUAAACGUUGAAAUAACAAGUGUUUUCUUUAAAAUAAAGCUAACGAAUAUUGAUUGUUUUUAUAAAGAUUUGAAUGUUUUAAGUGCGAAUACAAAGAAAACAUGAACGCUGAUUUCGAAGAACUCUCGCACGACGCGAACGUAAUUGCUAAGCUGCAACAGUUUCACGAAGCAGCCUUCAAAAUUCAGGACAUGAUCGAACUGGUCAACAACCCACAACUUUAUGACAAACUCUCCAAUGCAGAUAAGAUUAAAUAUAAUUUGCUCUUAUCCUACAGUCUCAACAGUAUAUUUUGGAUGUACUUACGGGCUGAAGGAGUCGACCCAUCGAACCAUCGCAUCAGAGCAGAAAACGAACGACUGAAGAAAGCAAUGAUACGAGCUAAACAGAUCAGUGAUAGAAUUACACUUAUGCCACGCGUCGACAAAAAUGCUGCCAAAAGAUUUGUGAGAAAUGGUUUAUGGGAUCCGAAACAGAAGAAGCAUAAAGGCGAAGAGAAAAUAGAAAAGUCAGAAGAACCGCCACCUACGUAAUAAAGUUUUAUUAAACUUUUAUAUGUAUUAUAUAUGUGUGAAAUAAAAAGUAAUUUCUUUGUAGAGUA